AUGCGUCAUGUCCUGGAUACGCUCGAGGCGCGACGACAGCAAGAGCAAGCCCGUCAGGCGGAGCCGACGCGGGUCGACAACGAUGAAGCGGCCACGGCAUCGCCCGCGCACGGUCGAGGGCAAAGGCAACCCGAGCAGGGAGUAAACAAUCGGGCUCGCGCUACCGUCGGACCUGGGGAACACAACGUGAGGGGCUCUUAUGGAAACGCCGAGGGUCUCGACGACGAGGGUCCGUCCACUUCCAGCAACCCGUACGCCGAAAGCGUCGCCUGCCUCAUGAGGACGGAGGACGCGCUGAACCGGAGCUACGUCGAGACUACCAACCGCGCUUGCCAGUCUGCGGAGCUCGCCGGGGCCAUGGUAGGAGCGCUGCUACAGCAUCGACGGAUUCGCAUGAGCCUGAAAGUGCAAGCGGGCGCGAGGAAGUUUCACGACGGCAUGAAGAGGGCCCUCGAACUUCCGGACGAUUAG